UGCUUUUGGAGAAAGCUAUUAUUACAUAUUGGUAUUAUCUUUGAAGAUUCUAGGUACUAUCUUUGAUUGGAAAGAAAUACUAGGAAAGAAAAUGAGAGGAAAAGGUUCCUCUAGCUCAAAAAUUUCUACUCUCAUUGUUGAUGAUGACCCUCUAACUCGAAGAAUCCACAAAGUGCUUCUAACUAAAGUUGGACUAGAAACUCAGGCUGUCGAAAAUGGUAAAGAGGCUGUUGAUCUUUACCGCUCAGGGGCGUCUUUUGAUCUUAUUCUCAUGGAUUUAGAAAUGCCAAUCAUGGAUGGACCUAAGGCAACAAAAGAGCUACGAGCUAUGGGAGUCCAAAGCAUGAUCGUAGGAGUUACAGCGCGAGAUCUUGAGGUAGAGAAGCAGAUGUUCAUGGCAUCAGGCCUUGAUGAUUGCUAUGUGAAGCCAUUGACAACAGAUACGGUUACCGCUCUUGUGGAAAAGCUCAAUAAAGACAAUUGAAUGUUCAAGAUGAAACUCAUAUGCAUACACUAAUAUCAAUUCCUAGAUCAAAGAGACAAGAUAUAACUUCUAAAAUAUUGAUCAUUUUAUAUAAUUAUAUAUACUAUUAAAUGCAUGUUCAAAGACAAAAGAUCUAAAUGUCCCAUUACAUAAGUGGGAAAGGAUUUUCUAGUUGUUCAA